CUCAAAUUCACAAUGGGACAAAAUUAAAAACUGGGACAAAAUUGCGGGCCAAACUCAAUAUUUGUUGAAAAGUUUAUUUACAGAUGUCUUGUUAUUCAAUUGGAAAGAAACUUAUUUUUGCAUCUGAACACAGAAUCUGAUACGACCAAAUUACACACGAGCAAGUACAUUUUAAAUAAAACACAUCACUCGUUACUUAUGUCUCAAUUUUUAUUUACUCUUUUUACUCCUUACAAUGUUACAAUUCCGUAUUUAGAUUGUUUUACCUUUUGGAUAUUUUAAGUUUGUCUGUUUUGUGUUUUAUUUUAGUUUACUCUUUAUUAUUAUGUUUUACUCUCCUGUUUGGCUUCUGUAAUGAACGUUAUUGCUGCUGUGACAUCACAGUUUCCCCACUGAGGGACAAUAAAGGGAUUUUCUAUUCUAUUCUUCAAUUUGUAGUCUGUCCAGUUCCCAUUUUAGAGUAAGUUGAAUCUUUCUUUUACAGGCCAACAACAAAAACCAAAAAUAGCAAUUAUCUUCUAUGAAAAUAUCUCAGUUAUUAACUUUCAUGCUUUGGAGCAGAAAAAGUUCAUGACAAUUAAAUGUUUCAAGCUCAGUUCUCUCCACUCUGAUGGUCACCUGUUCCAGCCAGAUACCUUCUUUCUAGGCGUUCAAAGUCGGAAACUCGUUGAGUAAACUGGGCGCUUAGAGGAGUAUCUUCAGUUGUUUAAGACUGAGGGUAACGCUGCACACGCUGAUUCUACUAGCAUGGAUGCUAAUGAUCGUAAACAUAAAAGAGGGCUUGCUUCGUCUCGCGCGCUAACGCCGCAAAGCACUGUGGGAUUAGUAGUCUUAUCAGCAAAAUCGCCCGGCGGGCCAGUUUUAAUAUUAUAUAUUUGAUAUUUGAUUUCGCGGGGCAAAUAAAAAUAGACCAAGGGCUUGAGUUUGACAACCGUGGCCUAAAAAAAUGGUACCUAGACACGCUAACUAAACAAAUGUUCGCUUGAGUUUAGCUUGAUGUUAAACUAGAUGAAGAAUGGACCAGACUUCACGUAACGUCAGGACUGAAUUGAACAUAAAACAUUUUACUUGACAAUGAAGAACGCUUCUACUCAUAAUUCUUUAACAUUGCAUCAAUUACAACGAGGGAAUAAGAUAAAACUUUUACUCACAGAUUGUAUCCGGUCCAUCCCGCUCUGCCGUGUGAACUGCAAUACGCAUGCGCACAGCAGAUCUGUUCCGUCACAUAAGGAGCCAUGUGAUUGGCUGAAAGCGAACAGCCCUGGCAGAAUCAUAUAUUUGAUUGACAGAUCCAUUAGCCAAUGGUGACGUUUGUUGAUCUGCGACGUUAGGAGUGUCUCAAAAUUCAGCACACCGAUUUCUCUCACGAAUGCAGGUGAAUGCACCACACAGAUUUCACUCACAAACGCAGGAAGGUUCACAAAUGAGGAGCUGUUCGUAAAUGCACGUUCAGCAAUUCGUAUUGUAACUGACGUUGAAAUGUUUGUGUUGGUUGCCAUGAAAACACCAGCAGCGCAUCGGAGAUCGAUUGUUGUGAGGUAGUCGCUUCCUGUGAGUCGCGGGAGAGACGACACGGAGCGGUAACACGGCGGACUUUUGGAACAUACAUCUUUUCUACUGCUGGGUUUUACAAGGCGUACACGUUUUCACGGUGCUCCAUGAUUGAGAGAGAGAAAUAAAAGAAUUGUGGACAUCAGUACGAAGCGUGGAUUCUUUCGACCCGAGUAGAAACAGUGAAAACGUUGGCCCAAUCCAUCUGGAGGCUUCGGUGUGCAGAGCUCUCGUCAUCCUGCAGCAAGCUACAGUGAGCUACAGGCUUCAGUGGACACGUUGCUUUGCAUUUUGGAACAACCAAUCAGGAGCUGCGUAUUCAGUGGACACUUGAAGAAGCGGUUUCAAGAAGCGUGAGUCAUCAGGCUAUAUUACGCAGUUGUUAUGCCUCCUGUGUUGAUGGAUAGAACAUGAGCUACAAAUUUGCUAUAAUGGACAAGAAAUUAAUUGUGUUCAAAUUUCAGACUGUGUAACAAAAAAAAAGGACAAUCUGUUCAAGUUCUGGAAAUUAUUGUUGUUUUCUUACUUAUUGUUUGCAAGCUUUAAGAAGGCUGAAACUGAAGUUUAUUUACUGUCAUAUGUAAGAAAUUAAGCUAAGGUGCCUUGUGUUAAUUUUAAUAAUUUUCCACCUAUUGCAUCCAUUCCAUUCUUGUAAUUACCUUAGAUAUCUUGUCCCUUCAUAAGAUACCCCUUUUAAAGUCUGAAAAUGUCUAAAGAUGACCAUAGUCAUCCUAAUGUUAUGUCAGAAGUACAAGAUGCAGGGGAUAUGAAAGAGGAAAGAAGUGUAGUGUCUGAGAAAUCUGAGACAAAAACAAGAAAAUCCUCUCGUGAAAGGCGACUAACACCAAAAAUGCAGGAACUGAAAGAUCAAGAGUUAACUCAAAAGGAGAAGAGGUUCAAAGCAACAUAUGAGAAGUGGAGAAGCAACGUAAGAGACAUUCGCACAAGGUUAAAGCAAGUAUGCUCUGAGAGUGACAUGUAUAAUAUGAUGGAUGAGGCUGAGAAGCAAGAGUCUGAAUUAAAGGAACAGUAUGACAGAAUUCGACUCCAAACCUCACCAAGUCAAGAAAUUCGAAGAAAGAUUGAUGCAUGCUCAGCUGUGACAGCCGACUUGCUGCAGCUGAUGAGAGUACGUCUCACUGAAGAUGAAGAUGAGUUCGACACAGUGGCAGAAAGAUCAAGGUUACGCAUGCUACUUGAUAAUGAAUAUGCUAGGUCCAUAUAUGGAUCCACAGCUUCCAGAGUUACUGCACCCAGCUGUCACAAUUCUAAACAUCUCUCAGAGUCACCCAGCAUUUCGGCUAUGAGGGCGGAAGCGGCUGCUCAGCUGGCUGCAAAGAGAGCCGAAGUUGAUAUGGAAGCUGCCAUCGAAGCUCAACGUCAGCAGUUGAGAAAACUGGAAAACCAGAGGGACAUUGAUGUAAUUCAGGCAAGGCUAAAUGUCUACACUGAAGAGGAAAGGGAUGGGACACGCAGUCCUCCAUUCAGUAAAGUGAGUGAUGCACACCCCUUCGCUCACCACAUCCCAGACCAAGAACAGCAGGUUGUGCAAAACGAGACAUCAUUGGUCAAAUCGCUACAAGAGUCAUUAGCUCUCACCCGCUUGCCAACUCCAGAACCUUCUGUAUUCUCGGGUGAUCCUCUGAAGUUUACAGAAUGGAGCAUGAGCUUCAAAGCCCUCAUAGAGAGACGAUGCUCUGACCCUGCAGACAGGCUAUUCUACCUGCAAAAGUACAUAGCAGGUGAGGCAAAAUCUUCUCUUGAAGGCAGCUUCUACAGAAAAGAUGAAGAAGCCUAUCAACAAGCAUGGGAUAGGUUAAAUGCUAGAUAUGGCCAUUCCUUUGUAGUACAGCGGGCUUUCAGAGAGAAGUUAAAUGGGUGGCCGAAGAUUGGAGGAAAGGAAUAUCUCAAGCUAAGAGAGUUCAGUGAUUUCCUCCAAACAUGUAGUAAUGCAAUGCCCCACAUAAAGGGCUUACAGGCUCUUAACGACUGCGAGGAGAAUCAGAAAAUAUUAGUCAAGCUUCCUGAUUGGGUGACAUGUAGAUGGAACCGUUAUGUUACAGAGCAGCUAGAUCGAGGCAACGACUAUCCAAGCUUUCAUGAGUUUGCUUCCUUUGUCUCUAAGGAGUCAUGCAUAGCAUGCAAUCCAGUGUCAUCCUUACAUGCCUUAAGGCACUCUGCAGAGGCACCACCAAGAGAAAUGAAGCGUUCAAAAGCAAACACGUUUGCCACAAAUGUGAAACCUUCAAUUCCAUCAAACUCCACCACCAAAUCUGACCCUGGUCAAAUCAAGUUGGGAGAUGCAGAGAAACCAAAGAAAUGGAACACACCAACACAAAAUUACAAUAGUGACCAGUGUAUUUGCUGUAGUGAGAACCAUUCCAUACAUAAAUGCAAGAGGCUUAUGGACAUGCCUGUAGAGGAUAAGAAAAAAUGCAUACUUGAAAAUAAGUUGUGUUUUGCAUGUCUAAGAAAGGGUCACAAUUCUAAAGACUGUAGAAACAGGUCCACAUGUAGCAUAUGCAAAAAGAGUCACCCAACGCCAUUGCAUGAAGAUCGUUCUACAGCAGGAGAAUCAUCAACUCAGGGUGCAGUGGAAGAAAGUACGUCAUCUUUAUCAUGUUGUGUGAGUGGAGGUGAAGGUGGGAGUACGUCGAUGAUAGUCCCAGUGUGGAUCUCAACACUUAGCGCUCCGGACACUGAAACCCUAGUGUAUGCACUAUUGGACACUCAAAGUAGUCACACAUUUGUUGAUCAGGAGGUGUGCGAAAAGCUAAAAGCAGCAAUGGAACCAGUGAAACUUAAACUUUCCACCAUGAUGGGGAGAGACUCAGUCGUGAAGAGUCAAAGAGUAUGCAAGCUCAAAGUUAGAGGAUUUUCCUCUAACGUUUCCAUCAAUUUGCCUCCAGCCUACACAAGGGACUUCAUUCCUCUUGACCGUGCACAUAUUCCCACUUGUCAGACAGCCAACAAAUGGAAACACCUUGUAAGCAUGGCCCAAGAGAUACCCCCGUUGAUGGACUGUGGUGUUGGAUUGUUGAUUGGAUAUGACUGCUCCAGAGCGUUAAUUCCAAGAAGGGUCAUCACUGGGGGCGACUAUGAGCCUUAUGCUAUUGAGACGGACCUUGGUUGGAGCAUUGUGGGAAGCGCACCACAGCGUGUGCAGGCUAAAGAUGUGACUGGUUUUUGCCAUCGAGUGUCUGUCAGAGAGAUGCCACCCAUAACGCCAUUUGCUGUCAUCAAGGCCCUAGAGUCCGAUUUUGCAGACACAAAGUCUGGUGACAGAAGCAUAUCUCAAGAAGAUAUAUGCUUCCUGCAGAUCUUGAAAGAGAGGAUCCAACAAAAUAAGGAGGGUCACCUGGAGAUGCCUCUCCCUUUCAAAGCACGUCCACAUCUCCCAGACAACAAAAGGCUGGCAUUAGUACGGUUGAAGCAUCUAAAGAGGAAGCUGGACAGAGAUCCCAAAUUCAAAAUAGACUACGUGAGAUUUAUGGAAGGUGUCUUCAAGGAUGGAGAUGCAGAGAAAGUGGAAAACCAAGCAGAGCUGGGGAAAGUGUGGUAUAUCCCACAUCAAGGAGUUUACCACCCCAGAAAACCAGGCAAAAUCAGAGUGGUUUUCGACUGCUCUGCAAGGUAUGAAGGCACCUCCCUAAACGACCAUCUGCUAACAGGACCUGACCUCACAAAUAGCCUAACAGCUGUGCUGUGCCGCUUCCGUAAAUAUCCCAUCGCAGUCAUGUGCGAUGUGGAGAAAAUGUUCCACAGGUUUCAUGUGAGCGAGGAUGAUAGAGACUACCUGCGGUUUCUCUGGUGGGAAAAUGGAGACACAAACUCAGAACCCAGAGAGUACCGCAUGAAGGUUCACCUGUUUGGAGCAUCAUCCUCCCCUGGCUGUGCCAAUUAUGGCAUGAAACACCUUGCCAGCCAAUGUGAGAAAGAGUACCCCUCCGCAGCUAGCUUCAUCCAGAAACAUUUCUAUGUUGACGAUGGUCUCAUAAGUGUAAAGUCGGUGGGUAAGGCAAUUGAACUGGUCAAAGAUGUCCAAGCUGUGUGUGCCAAAGGAAAGCUGCACCUUCACAAAUUUCUCUCCAACAGUCGAGAGGUCCUUGACUCAGUGGAGGUUGCAGCGCGUGCUACAGAGGUGAAGAAUGUUGAUCUUAAUCACGAUGAUUUGCCAGUUCGAAGGGUACUAGGUAUAAGGUGGAACAUUGAAAAUGAUAGCUUCUCCUUCAAGGUGUCACUUGAGGAGAAACCGGCAACGCGCCGAGGGAUCCUCUCAAUUGUGGCCUCCUUGUAA